UGGUGGUAAAUAUCAGACAGUUGAAUUCAUGGAUGUUCAUGGAUUCAGUUGGAUUGAUUGAACGAUCGUUUUGAUCAAUUAUGAAUGAAUGAAAGUAGUAUUGUCACAUCAUUUAUGUCGUACAUUAACGAAUUAUUUUGAUUACUGUACACAGAAUGAAGUAUAUUUGUGAUUUUAUGAAUAUAAUGGGUAUAGUAAUAGUGAAAUUGUUCAGACAAAGUGGAAAUAACCGCCGUUAACAAAAUUGUAACGAGCGUGCGUGUGAGAUUCAAAUAUGUUAAAGCGUGUUUAAGCUGUUGUUAUAUUAAUUUAUACAAUGGAAGAUUUUAAUGACAAUGUAGACGGUAAAUUAGCUUUUAGGAUGAGAAAAGUUAAUCCGGAACAAUUUCACACACUUGUCAAAAUGCAUCUAUCUUUUGAAUUGGAUCUCAAUACGGAAGACAAUGACUGCAUUAAUGAAAAAGCAAAGUUAAAAAGAUGGGGUCUUCUGGGCUUUGCAAAGAAACCUAAGUCAACAAUUAAUUUACAAAAGGGUAUAGAAGGGGCCAACUUAACCGAAGAUGGAAUUAAUCAAGUAAAACAAUUAAUAGAGUAUUUAUCCAAAGAACAAAAUAUUAUACAAGAGGGCAUAUUUCGGCGUACUGGUAAAUUAACAAGACAACAAGAUUUGAAAAGCACAAUGUAUCAAGGUAUUUCGUUAAGUCUCAAUGAUGGCCAAUAUAGUGUUCACGAUUGUGCAUCUGUAUUAAAAGGAUUUUUAGCAGAAUUACCAGAACCUUUGCUAUCAGAUUUACAUUACCCUGCACACUGUCAAAUUGCUGAAUUGUAUGGUUCUGACACAAGAAGCAAUGAUGCAAGAUUAUUAAGGUCUCUCCAGUUGCUUUUAUUACUUUUACCAUGUAUGAACAGAAUAUUACUCAAAUAUGUUUUAACACUCCUUAACAAAACAGCUAGUUUUGAAUGUAAUAACAAAAUGAAUUGUGAUACACUGGCUACACUUUUCACUCCACAUUUAAUGUGUCCAAGAAAGUUAUCACCAGAGGCUUUGCAUAUUAAUUCUCAAAAUUUGUCAUGUUUAGUUGCCUUUAUGAUUAGAAAAGGAAUUGAAUUAUUUGAAAUUCCACCAAAACUAGCUACAGACAUUAGAGCAUACUGGGUAGAACAGGAAAGAAAAUUAUUGAGCCCUAAAAAUAGUGAUUUGAAUGAAUCAAUACCAGAUACAACAGGUACAGCCCAUACUGUAUUUAGUUUUGUAGAUCACAAGUUAACAGCAAAAGCAAAUUCUACUCAAGAUACUCAAGCAGCUUUAGCACAGCUUUAUGCUCAUAUACAAGCUAUGCCAGAAUCAGCUAAAAAACGCAGAUUAGUAAAACAGUUUAAUAAAGAGAAUGGUCAAGGUACACCAAGACAGGUUAAAAAUUGUAGGACUAAGAGUCUUGGGGACUCCAUCAAGAAGCAUAUUUUUCAAAAAAAGAUUUUGGGGCAUAAAAAAUUCAUUGAUAUUAAUAUCAGUUGCAGUAUCACUAGAUCUAGCAGUGAAGAAAAUAUACUUUCAUCGAAUGUAGAAAGAUCAAUAAUCGAGAGAAAGGUUCUCUUCAGUAAAUCAGACGAUGAACUUAGCAUGGACAACUGUGAUAUGAGCAAUGACAGUAGCCUUCUCCAUACUAAACAUAUUAGUAAUAGUACUGGUAGCCUCAAUACUCCUACAUUGAGAAAUUACAAAGACAAGAGAAAGGCUAUGUUUAUUAAAUUCGCAGAUAUAAAAGAAGAGAAAUCAGAUGAAAGAUAUCACAAUUGGAGUCUAAAUAAUUCGGUUAAAAAAUGUGAACGAAAUUCUUGCGCAAAUGAUUCCAUAUUUUCCAAUAUAGGUGAUGAAACCACAUCUUUUCAUGAAGAGCAAUUUAAAAUUGACAAUUCGAGAUGCGAUAGUAAUACUGUAACUAAUAUUGUUAGAUUAUCUAGACAAUUAAGUGAACCACCAGACAUGUAUUCUUCUCAAAGUACUCUAUAUGAAACUAGAGAAAAUGAAUUAGUAAGACAAAAUUCAGAACCUACAUUAUCAAUAUCCAAGACAACCAAUGUAGAUGUGAUUUCUUCUAAGUAUUUUGAGGACAACAAAAAGCCAUUAGAACAUUCCAAAAUAGAAUUACAUCCUGAUAAUGCACGUGUUCAUUUAUCUCCCAUAGUUAAAAAUAGACUUUGGAAUAUAUAUGGUACUCAUACAUCAACACCAUCAAAUCUACUGCGUAAAAGCCUGGCCACUAAUGAUUAUAUGUUAACUCCUAUUACUAACAACGAUAAAAGCAUGAGUCCAAUUACACAAAGUGCCACUAAAAUGACAAAAGCUAUGCAGGAAACAAUGAUGACACCUCGAUCUAGAAAACCAGUAAUGAUGGUUUCAGGCUCCAACCUCUGCAAUCUUGCCACCAUUAAUAAUAGUUGUAAUCAACAUAAUUUAUCUAAUAAUAUACGUAGCUCGAAUCUUGAUGUGAUUGAAUCACUAAAUUGUACUUCAAUUCUGGAAGAAUCUCACAAACGUAAUAGCGAAGACAGUGAAAUUAUUUAUAAAAAGAACAUUGAUUUGGAAGAUAAAGAAAACAUUGGUAAAUAUAUGGAUGAGGAACAGAAAUUUCUUACAUCCACUAUUGACGAUUGUUGCGCAGUUACCCAACAAAGUAUAAUGUCUAUAACAAGUACCUUUAGAGAGUAUUUGUUGUCCAGAAGUGUUUUGACUGCCAGUCCCGUUGAUCUUAGUUUUACCUCGCGAACAGGAGAUUUUGAACAAUCAGAAUCUGACGUAAAUAUUUUAAAUGAUGACGGUCUUUCCGAUAGUUUACUUUGUUGCCUAAAUGGAAAUACUCCAGAAUCUGACACAUCUGGUAUUGCAUCUGGAAGCACUAAUAGUGCAAGUAAUUCCUCAGAAAAAAAUGAUGAAGUUGGAAAUUCACCAAGGAAACGGGCAACGAGUUUACAGCGAAAUGAUUCUAAACGAUCGAUUAAGGAAAACAGAGUAAUAAAAAGCAUACGAGGACAAGGUUUUAAACACAAACAAUUGAGCGAAUCAACACUAAAUUCGAUAAAAGUAAAAGAUACGUUUCAGGAGACUUCAUUUUAAUGCGUAGAUUGACACAUUUAAAGUAUAAAUGGGAAUCAACAUAUUACAAUGCUGAAGUGUUAAUGAUACGUUAAGUUUUAUAUCAGUAUACAAAAAUAUAAUUUUUCAUUAUACAUAUCGAUGAUGGUUUACAUGGUAAAGAGAAAAUUGACAAUACUUAAUAUUACUCGAAUUUAUAAUACUGACAGAUUUAUUUACCAAUGGUAUUUAAAAAUAAAAUAUCUAAGAUAUGAA